AUGAAUAGAAGCACAUUCUUCGUCGUGGCUUUGAUUCAACUUUUGUCCGCAGCCAUAAUCUCCAAUGCUUGGAGUCUACCGAAAACUCGCGUAAGGAUCUAUAACAAGUUGCCGGGGAACGCGGAAUUGACUAUCCACUGCAAAUCGGGGGACGAAGAUCUCGGGUCACAUGUCAUCGGGGCGAACAGUUAUUAUGAGUUCGGGUUCAUAGAUACCUUCAGUAACAAACUGUACUUCUGCGGACUGCAUUGGCGUGGCGGUUCCAUGGUUAAUGACUUCUACAGAUCGGACAGAGAUAGCAAUAGGUGUCACAAGGAGUGCAAGUGGGGGGCCACAGAACGAGGUGUUUUAGGAAUUAACGACUUUGAGAUUUCUGAGCCACCUAUAAUCGAUGUUGUGUACCACUGGGGGAAACCGAAGAGACUAUAA